AAAGGCAGGAAACGAAGGGAACAGCCGCCUCACCUGUCCGCGGCGGCCCCGCGGUUCCCCCAGGAGGCGGCACCGCCGCUGCCCCGCCCCCUCCUCUCCCUCCCGCCACUUCCGGGGGCGCCACAAAAGUCUCGGGGCGCCGCUGGGGCUGUGGCUGUGGUUGGUCUGGCCAGGAAACUGUGGCCCCCGCAACGGGCCUUGCCGGUACCUCUGCCGGAGCAGAUUGGCAAUGGUUCGUAGUGGAAAAAGUGGUGGACUUCACUUGAAGCAGAUUGCAUACUACAAGCGAACAGGGGAAUAUCAUCCCACAACAUUAUCAAGUGAAAGAAGUGGAAUCAGGAGAGCUGCCAAAAAAUUUGUUUUCAAUGAAAACAAGUUGUUCUAUGUUGGAAAAGACAGAAAACAAAUGCGCCUGGUAAUUGUUUCAGAUGAAGAGAAGAAAAAAGUCCUCGAGAAAUGCCACAAAAAUGCUGCUGGCACUCAUCAUGGUAUAUCAAGAACACUGACUUUAGUGGAGUCUAAUUACUACUGGACCUCUGUAACAAAUGAUGUCAAGCAGUGGGUGCAUGCUUGCCAGCAUUGCCAGGUGGCAAAGAACAUAGCCACCAGAGUACCCAAAAUACACCCUAUCAAAGCAGAGGACCCAUGGACAGCAGUCACUAUAGAACUAACGGGACCUUUCAGUGUUACCAACAGAAGUAACAAAUACAUCACAAUUAUGACAGAUUUGUUUACAAGAUGGACUGUUAUCUUACCACUGCAUGACACUUCAGCAGCUGAAAUUGCUAAGGCAAUCAUAAAGGUGUUUUUCUUAUAUGGGCCACCUCAAAAGAUGCCUAUUGAUCAGGGGAAGGAGCUUGUUUAUCAGAUAAAUGAAGAACUGUUUGCACUGUUUGGAAUGAAGCAAAUUGUAUUGUCUUAUCCUCAGACACAUGAUGUAAAUGAAAAAAUUUCCAAGACAAUCAAAACUUUCCUUAACAAGUAUUGCAUAGACCAUCCAAAUGAUUGGGAUGAACAUUUAUCUGCUAUUGCCUAUGCUUUCAAUUUGACAAAUUUGGAGCCAGAUCAAAACACUCCAUAUUUCCAAAUGUUCAACCGCAAUCCACGUGUUGUUGAGCCCAUGAAUAUGUGUGUGGAAGGAGAAUACAGUAGUUUUGCCAAAAUAUUUGAAGCAGCUAAAAAAUUCAGUCAAGCACUGGAAGAAGACAAAACCUCAGGUUGCCAGGCAGAUAAAAAAACUCCAGAUGAACAAAAAAUCAGAACCAAAAUCACAGUCAAAAGGAAGUCAAAACAAUUAAAUACUCUUCAACUUAAAGUUGGUCAUGAAGUCCUCAGGCAAAGAAAAAACUGGUGGAAAGAUGGUCGUUUCCAGUCAGAAUGGAUUGGUCCUUGUAUCAUAGAUUACAUCACAGAAAAUGGCUGUGCAAUAUUAAGAGAUUCUACAGGAUCCAGGCUGAAAAGACCCAUCAAGAUGUCUCACCUCAAGCCAUAUGUAAGAGGGUCCAGUGAAAAAGGCAACCAUUACAUUCUACAAGGUGCAGUAGUUUUUGACCAUGACUAUAUUGGCUUAUCUGAAAGAUCUAAUAAUUCAAGCCAAGCAGACUCUUUUGCUGAAAAAGAAAUAAAUGCCUUCAAAAGAGAUAUCGUGUCUGCUGUACAGAUUCCACCUGCAGCCUGCAAAGACCAAGAAUCAGCAGAUGGUAAACUUGAGUCUGAGCUGAGAGAAGAUCAUUGCAUUGAAGCAAACAUUACAAAGCCAGAGCAGUGGCCAUCACCUUGUUGGACACUUCAGACAAAGACAGAGGAUACUUAAGCAUAGUCUUCUAUCACAUUUCAUUGCUGAGCAGUUUGGAACUACUGUGGCAAACUGAAAAAAAAAAUUAAUAGCUCCAACCUCCUUAGCCCAGUCCACUUUACUCCUUUAUGAAUCUCAGAGUGCUUUAGGUAUCUAAUUUGUCUGGGUGUUAAGGAAAAGCACUAGUAAAAGCACAUAUUCUGAUCAUGCAUUUCAAUUCCAGAUUUUGUUGGUAGAAUGGCAAUAUGGCCAUGCCUUACUGUUAUCCUCUCAGAACACAAUGCAUCAUUUCACUGUAACGACCUUUUCCAUUUAAUCCUUGGAUGACUUAUUCCUAAUGUCCACUGUGAGAUGAAUUAAAACCUAAGCAAGUUGGUGUAAAUUUUUCCUCCACUACAGAGAAGCUCAUGUCUUCCUUUUCCUGUUAUAUCACAGUUUUCUAUUCAUUUUGAGAAGCUGCAGCAUCUGACUUGUACAACUUUUAAUUUCUAAUCUAAUCCAUUUAAGAUCUCCCAAAACAAUAAAACUGCCAAAAUCAAA